AUGACGGACGAGGUGUUUGAGGACCCGCAGAAGACCAUGGACGAUUUGAAUCAGCGUUUACAACAGCUUCCCCUAUCAGAUCCGAGACGUCAAAGACGCCCUUCAGACGAUCUUAUACCCGAUCCCAAUGUGUUAGAAGAACUGGAGCAACAUGCUAAAGCCAUCUCAUCUAAUUUGGAUAUGACUUUGAGGGAUUUGAGGGGUACAUAAUUCAUUUUUUCAAAAUGUUUUGUGGGUUUAUAUCAAGUAUAAUACAAUUCUUUUCAGGUCUGCUCCGAGGAGUUAGUGAUUUAUCUGUAGAAUCGAUUCAGGUAUUCAAUCAAGUGAUUUGUGGAACCUGUGACUCUGUGGAUUCUGUGAUCAGGUCGAUUUAUACGGUAGGGAGACAUUUUAUACGACAGAAGUUUUAGAUGGUCGCAAAAACUGAAGAAUUGAAUACGACUAUGCUCACGGUGCAGAAAUUGGCAAAGCAAAUGUAAGUUGGGAUAGUGAGAUUGGUUUGGAAUUUAUUUUAUGCGAAAAUUGCUGUAUUUUAGGCAAAAAUUUGUUGUUCAUGAUGACGUUUUAAUUUUUUUGGACUCUUAGAAUAAUAUAGAUGUUUCAGAAGCGAAAUCAAAGCCCUUGUUGACCAAUUUGAAGCUCAAUUUAUCGAAGCUCAGGCCUCAUGA